GCAGAGUUAUUAAUUUUUCCAAUGCCGACGACUUUUGAGACAAGAAAAGAUAUGAGAGUACACUUGGACCAAUGAGAAGAGUGCUUUAGAUGGAGGAAUGAUCUGAGCCACAAAUCUCGUCUAUGAGUUCUGAGCCACGAAAACAAGAUAUACCUCACGCGCCCUUUAUCUCACGCGCUUCCCCUUACUUGUGGUGCCAUCUCUUACCUCCUCAGAAGUUGAAACAAUAAUACAAACACAUUCGUCUUCUCUCUCUCUCUCUCUCUCUCUUCUCUUUGGUCUUUUUUGGCUUAUAGUUGAAUCAAAGGCUUUUCUUGAUUUUUGAACCAAACAUCUUUACUUCAUCUGAGAGUUUCUGAGUUUUGGUCUGAUCAAAAUUCUCUCAUCUGUUCACUUACUACAAAGUUGAUAGAUCGAUCUUUUGAUUAUGGAUUGUUAUGCUGGAAGGAAUUUUGAAGAGCUUGUUGUGCCUAGUUAUCAAGAAUCAUCAUCAGAGACAUACCCAUCUACUGGUAUGUGGGGUGGAUGGAGCAUGAGCUCUCCUGAAGCAGCUGAGAAAUGUUUCGAUUACGAUGGAUUCAAUGGAGGAGGAAUGAUGUAUAGUCAGAUGGGUAUGAGGACGAGUGAAGAAGAAGAAGAGUCUAAGAGAUCAAAGGCUUUCUACGGUGCUUCUUCACUUCAUGAUUUCGAAGGAAUCGAACAGAUGGAUGAUAUAUUCUUAAGUUCAAUUUUGGAGGAUGUUCCAGAGGAUGAGGGAGAUGUUCACCGUGCGUCCAGCAGCAAUAACAGUGUCGGUUCUUCGUCUAUGUUUGGUGGUGGUAGGGAAGUCCCUAUGUUCCAUUGUCAUGACAUGUCUUUCAAGGAGGAAGCUCCAUUUACAAUCUCAGAUCUGUCUGAAGAGAACAUGUUAGAUUCAAACUAUGGGGAUGAAUUGUCUUCUGAAGAACUCGUGUUGCAGGAUCUACAAAGGGCUUCACAAAAGUUGACCGAUGAGACACGCAAAUGUUUCCGGGAUACCUUUUACCGACUUGCAAGGAGCUCGCAAGAUAACUCGGAUUCAGUCAGCCCCAACUCGGAAGAGCUGCUUGUGCAAACGUCUAGAUAUAAUUAUGGUGAUGGAAACAGGUUGAGUAGAGAGGAAGAGAUAGAAACUGAAACGAAUUCAAUCGAUAGAGCCGUCGCAAACCUCACAUUCAACAAAAUGGAAUCCAACAUAAGCAAUUUUCCGCUGUCGGAGAGAGUACAGUAGCUGCCACUGAUCAAGAUCAACCAUUGGCGCCUCAUCAACUUCCUAUGAAGUCUUCUGUUACCAUAUGUGUAUAUAUAGAUGACUUAAUGUUGCAAGAGAAUCUGCUCCCUUUUUAAUUCCUGCAGUAUGCUUUCUACAAACAAUACCUGAUGGCCUUGAGACUUACUUUUCUCAAUAUGAAUAAGAGCAUCAUGUUUCAAUGAA